UUGGAAAUGUUGAUGUGAUGAGAGAGACCGAUAUCGAGGGAGAAUUAUUCCGUUAUGAAAACAGUUAUUCACAAUUAACAUUUAUUCUAGUUUGGUAAAUACACCAAGUACAUUUCUUUCUAAUGAAGAUUGUUUUACGAUGGCUGAGCUCCCGAUAUCAAGAAAUUCUGAGGGUAAUCCAAUUUUGAAUGAACCCCUCGUCGUCGAUAAAAUCAAUGGAAUGGGAACAGAAGCUGCAGUAUAUAGUUCACCUAUGACUUUGAAAUCAAAAAUGGAAUGUUCUACCAAACCUAAAAAUGCAAGUAACACAUUUAUUAACGUCAGUACUGAACACCAUGAACAGAGACUUGUGAACGGGUGUGUAUUCGAAAAAAAGCAUGACCAUGAAGUCACAAGUCAUAACGAAUGUACCAAGGAGAAUUGCUAUUUCCCUGCUGUUGUUGGUCGUGGGUGCGAGAAUCCAAGAGAAACUGUACCAAGUAUAGAACUACAGGAUAUGAAAACAAACAAACUGAUACAGCAUGAUGAAGAAAACCAAUUGAUACCUAGUAUGUCCAGACUUGCUGUGGUCGAUGAUGUUGCUUCACACGAUGGUAGUACACAUGAUAUAAACUAUCUGAGAUACGAAUCUGAACUUCAAAUGCCUGAUAUCAUGACGUUGAUAACGAAAGACCUUUCAGAACCAUAUUCAAUCUAUACCUAUAGAUAUUUUAUACAUAACUGGCCUGAUUUAUGUUUCCUGGCUAUGUGUGGUGAUAUAUGUGUCGGUGCUAUUGUUUGUAAAUUAGAUGUGCAUAAGAAAAUGACUAAAAGAGGAUACAUUGCAAUGUUAGCUGUUGAUGAAAAUUACAGAAGAAGAAAAAUUGGUUCCAGUCUGGUGAGGAAAGCCAUCCAUGCCAUGUUGGAAGGUCAGUGUGAUGAGGUUGUCUUGGAAACAGAAAUCACCAAUAAAUCUGCUCUUCAGUUGUAUGAAAACCUUGGCUUUGUCAGAGACAAGCGUUUAUUUCGCUAUUACUUGAACGGUGUAGAUGCACUAAGAUUGAAACUCUGGUUGAGAUAGAAGCGACCAUUCUCCAUCGUUGUGUAUUUGCGAUAGAUGAAACCCCACCCCUGCUGUGAAUUGUCUUAUGGUGUUUAAUCUGUCACAUUUUUUUAAUUAUUGAGAUGAGUACUUUUAAGGAACUAUGCCAAUGCUGGCAUAUGAAAUAAGUGAACUUGGAAUAUUUAUAAUGUGCAUCUCAUUUCCAUUUAAUUAAUCAGUACAUGACAUCAAUGUUAUGUCACCUUGCUCUGUAUAGUUCAGUUUAUGAUUGUUUUUAAGAAAUAGUAAAAACGACAGUCAAUAUUUAAAAUGAAGAAACAUUGUCUGCACUUGGGGCAGUGGUAUACAGCAUAAGUAGACAGUAAUGGUCCAUCUAUAUUGUAUAUAACUGUCAAAAUAAUUUCAUUUUUACUCCUGGAGUGUUUUAUGAAGAAAUAAAAAUUGAAUUCUCA